GUUUUGCUUUUGAAAUGUUCUGUUUCCCGAAACGGUAUAUAAUAUUGAUAAGUUGGAAUCAAAUAUCUCAGAUUUAAAGAUUAAUAAAAAGUUGCUGAGAAAAAAAUACCUGGCAAUUUUAGAUACAAGAAAUAAAGAAAGGAUCAAAUAAUGCUUGAAUCAGGUGACAUGCAAGAUUCGAAGAUGCCAGCUUCCAAGAAAGAAACUCAAGACAAACUGUCUUCAUCAGUGUAUAUAAUAUUUUUGGUAGUAAUUGGGGAUUUGUUGGGAUUUACAGUAAUUCAAACUCUUAUGCCCUACAUUUUUGAGUAUUAUGAUGCAAAUGAAAAGGAUUAUCUUUAUCAUUGGAUGAAAGGCAAAAUUCAUCACUUUCAGGAUUUGUUUGGAGUGCCUGAUGAAUUUAAUAAAGUUCUGUUUGGAACAUUUAUUGCUUCAGUUUUUUCUGCUCUACAAUUCCUAGUUUCUCCCAUUUUUGGAUUUUUAUCAGAUGUUUAUGGACGCAAAACUAUGCUAAUUGUAUCUAUGAUCGGAAUCGCUAUUUCCUAUGUAAUUGGCAGUAUUUCUGUCUAUUUCUACUUAUUUAUUAUUGCAAGAAUAACUGGUGGCUUAAGCCAAGCAAGCAUCUCAUUGUCUGCUGCAAUUAUAACUGAUUUGUAUUCAGAGAAAAAUCGAAGCAAAGGCAUGGCACUUUUUGGAAUAGUUUAUACAGUUGGUUUCAACAUUGGACCUGUCAUAGGUGCUGUCUUUGUUUCACAAGGAGUAAAAUGUUCACAAAAUUUUUAUUUUCUUCCAACAAUAUUUGCUCUGAUUAUGACCAUCAUAGAUAUAUUCUUAUUAGUCUUCUGUUUUAAGGAGUCUCUUCCAAAAGAGAAACGAGCUUUGUUUGUUGGACAAGGUCUGCCAAAAGCAUUUCAAUUUAUAAAUCCUUUUUCAUUAUUUUCUUUUAAUCCUGUUAUAAACAUCAGACCUUCAGAGAAAUGGACUUUGAAGAAACUUGGAUUAACAUAUUUCUCAUUUCUGUUUAUUUAUUCUGGGUUAAAAUAUUCUUUAACUUUUUUAAUACAUGCACAUUUCAAAUUAACAAGCAUUCAGCAAGGGAAAAUGUAUUUAUUUAGUGCUUUGAUAAUGAUCUUGAUUCAGUGUUUUUAUGUCAGAAGAAUUCCUCCUGGUAAAGAAAUAAAAUCUGCUACUGUUGGAGUCUUUCUGACCAUCCCUGCAUUUGUACUUAUUGCCAUUUCAAGCAGUGUUGAAAUUUUAUACAUAGGACUUGCUUUACAUGCUUAUUCCUCUGCUACAGUUGUGCCAUGUCUCACAACUAUUGCUUCAAAAUUUGGUUCUACAAACCAGAAAGGUACUGUUUUAGGUAUUUUUAGAUCUUUAGGAUCCUUGGCAAGAACUUUCGGCCCUCUUGUGUCUAUUAUUGCAUACUGGAGCUUAAUACCAACUUUUUCUUAUUGUAUUGGCGGUUUGUUGCUUAUUGUUCCAUUAAUUUUGAUACUGAACUUGAGCAAGGAACUUCCAACUAUUGCUGAGAAAGGAAAUUAA